AUGAUGGGGCGAUGGUUAGAUAGUCUAGAAAAAGCAAUAUAUGGGGUCCAUAUUCAUGAGGAAGCCCAUAUUGGGUUCACGUGUGUGCUGGGGUACACUGGUAAUGCAAGAUCUACUCUGCUUCACUCGUGUGCAUGGACUUAUCAGUUUGUAUUGGGACCAGACAACUCGUUCGAAGGACAGCAUCCUCUUGUAUCAGUGGAUGAGACGAGAAGGCAAACCAAGCAGCCAGUGCCAUUGGAUACUUCGCAACAGAGGUAA